AUGACGUCGGAAAUCAGCGUGGAACAACUGGAGAUAUCUAAAAAUCUUUUACAAAUGAACUUUAUGCGACGCACCCUUCUGGCUAAGGAGCGUGCUGCGGGUGUUAGCGCACAGGAACCACUACUUCCGUCCGUGGAAUCCGAAUUCUUCAUGCCUAAAAGCGCUAUGACGAGGCUUUCAGAAAGAUUGGAGGCUCUAUCUAAAAAGUAAGGCCACCGCUCUUACUUUUUCACUGUCUACUUUUUUUCUUCUUUCCAUUAUGCUUUCCAUGCAUAUUAUGUCCUGAUUCAAAGUGAUCAACCAGUCAGGCAUUAAAAAUAGGCACCUUGGCAAGAUAAUAACACUAUUCACUGGUAGUCGUGCGCUCUAUGCGCAUGCAGCAUCUGGUGAGUGUUGCGCGGAGUUACUGGAAUCACUUCCCAAAGACAAUAGUUUUAUCUUGCUACAUGCAAAUUAGGUUGUGGAAUCGCUGACUAGCACUCGCUUACUGCACUCCGAAUUGCUAAUCUACAUAGGGCAUCUCCCCCUCAUCAGGUGGAGCCUCGAUUAUCUAGAACCUAGAAACUACAAAAUUACCAGGAGAUGCCCUAUUUCAAGCGAUGCCCCACUGCUUACAUCUGUCAUAUUCGGAUUUUGACGUGCCUACACUUAGUUCUUGAAAUCGGAUUAAAAUCGAAGCACAGGUGACUUUGAACUCCGUGGGCAACAACCUGCUGCCCUGAUGACCUAUGCACAAUCUGUCUUCUAGUCAAGGAUCAGCGUUGAGAGAAUUUUAGUGAAACAAGUGUUUCGUAAGACCAACACAGAAUUCAAACACAUGGGCUUAGGAAAUCCUUAACGGUUUCGGUAAUUAAACCUCCAGAAUGUGUACUUAGGAAGACUUCACCUGACCACCACCGAUCCUAAUUAUAAAAAUAUGCUGGCUACUCAUGCCUCAAUUAAGGGUGACAACUUCAAUUCAGCCCACUACUACUCCGAACCCCUCUCAGUUGGAUCACGCAGCGGCAGGAUAUCGGCGCAGUGCGCAGUGACGAUCCGUGUGAAUUAGUCUAUUGAGCAACAAAUUUCCGAGGCAUCUACCUCGUUCUCCGCUCUCACACCCACGAGACACGAGGCGCAGUGGCCACUGCUGCAAAGAUUGGAUCUCUCUGGCGAACUGAUCCGACUGACUGAUAACACAGGGAUUGCCAACCUUGAAGGCCAUCUUCACGGUCGCUCUACACGGCACGGCUAUAGCAAGCUCUGGCCGAGGUCUUGAAGUGCGUUACGGCCGUCUGCUGCUGCUACCAUCAGAGAGACAGCCGCAAUGUCGGAUACUUGUGGAAAAAUUUGCCUCGAUUUUUGUGCAGUAGGAAGGCGCCUCGGCGUCUGAAUACGGCUGCAACUGUGACCCACCAUCUUCGAUUGGUGUGAUUGCAAAGCAGAAGGCCAACGAAGUGCCUGGCCAGAUGUCUGGCCUUCCGAUUCAAAUUUUUUUUUCAAGUCGAAGACCGUUGCCACGGAGUGGAUCGAUGCCGUCAAUGCACCGAUUACGAAGAAGGGCGACAGAAGACUGUGUGUUAACUACUAUAGCAAGAAUAUUCACAGUCGCCCCCUUUCUCAAACCCUUCUGCACGCACCGCGUUGCUCGGAUAAGGAAGAAUCAGUAGGAUCUUUAGUCACGAUGGAGAUGUGCUGACCAACCUUUCUCGCUCUGCUGACUUCUGGGACCUCGCUACUACCAACAGCUAGUUAUCGUCCGUUUGAGAGUUAUUGUCUCUGUUGAUUUUUAAUUUCCCCAGGAAUUAAUCGCUAACAUGGAGCAAAUCAGUCGAAGGGGAGGGGGACCACUCGCAGUUGUGUCAUUCUGCGGCAGAAUAUCGGCAAAACACGCGUGUUUGGACUUUUAGUAGUACCUUUGCUGCCAGUAAGGCGAGUUUGGAAACAGGUGAAAAUGUAUCAUUUAAGGCAGACGUUUGUUCUGUGCCUCCAAGCGCUCGCCUCUUAAAUGUAAGUUAUUAUCCUUGUCAGUCAGGAUCACUUCAGGUGUGAGUCCUUCAACAUGACAGCAUGCAACCGAAAUGACUCUACUUUACUCUUACUUGCUGAUCAAGUUGAAUCCACCCGGGAUGGGUCUGCCAUGAAGAGUGAUCGUUCGUAGUAUGUCAAAAUUAAAACGUGGAGUCAGCCGAAUCAGUUAUUAUGGAUGCCUUUUGAAAAUGCAGCGUAAAAUUGCGAACCGGUUCCAGAAACUCAAAAUAACACCCGUUGAGUCUGCGGUAUUUUGCCAGAUUCAGAGCCAUCGUAUCCGCCUAUUCGGCUAGAUGCGGAGACAGUCUCUAAAAUAUCGCUUAUCAUUCCAUAAUACCGCAAAGUUUGCCAACGUUUGUAUUCGAAAAGUGUUGUCUGUCAUUGCUUCCAAUAUCAGCUCCAAGCAGUUCGACUCACUCGUCGUUGACAUGGGAGUAGGCAGCGAUAGUGAGGUCACUUCUUCUGGAAUAUAGCACUCAACUUUCUUACAAACAGCCAAACGCCCUCUCGGUCUCUCGCUGGUCAGUAAUGAUCUCAGCUUAGAGGGUUUCCAGCCGACGGGAUGGCCCAGCCUUGCUUGGGACUGAGAGUCAGGCCUUGGUGGCUAUCUUCUAACACAGCUAUUAUGGUAUCCUCCGGUUAGAUGCAAUCUGGACUUGGCGGGGACAAAUUGUGUGGAAUCGUGUGUGAGUUGCGUGUGGUACGCGCAGACACGAAUCCGGCCCCGUCUGUUACCGCGCCCACACCCAUCUCCUGUCGCUUUCGCUCCACCUCGAAAUUGGACUGAGGUGGCCGUGACAAGAUAGAGUGAGACUGAUACCGCGCAAGUCGCCCUUGCAUCUCUAGGACUGCGGUGCUUCUCAUUGCCCGUAACGGACAAACUACCUCAUGCUUGUUUUUUUAUUUGCGAGAAGGCGUGAACGUCUAAUUGCGACCCAGAAAUACUUAGGCCAUGCUAGUCUCUCAGACAACAGUUGUCAUCGAGGGGCCUGCGUAAAUGUGCGUGACAUUCUCCCAGCGCAUUGAUCUCUUGUCGUUAGCUAUGGUUGCUGCUUUUAUGAUGCGCCGGAUACCUGCGUCAGAUUCACAUGAUUCGAUUUCUUUCAACGGAACAGCGAAAUAACUGUUUCUGAGUUAUCUGUCGUCGUCCAACUGUCGAACAGAAUCAAGAGGCUGAGUGGUCCCCAAAUGGUCGCGUCGUGGUGAAAUGCCUUCUAACGUCCCAAACUCCGGAGUUCUGUCUCUUGAACGCUAGUAUGUUCUCCAUGUCAGCUCGGUCCUUGAGCGACUAAAUCACGCUGUAAUCUCAGGUCUUCUCGACAUGAUCUUCCCGAUCCCGCACGAGCUCUGCCACACCGGCUGACAUCUCACCUGGCACACACGAUCGCAGCUGGUGUAGCCAAGUGAAUGCGGGCGAUCGCGAUUCCAUCGACGGAUUGAUGUCCCAGCGCUGGAAAACGCUCCUCUUUCCAUCGUGACAAAAUACGCUCUCACGACGCACCGGCGGUACACGAGUUGGCCGACUGACGUGUCGGGUUCUGACUCGAUGAUGGUUUCUCCUGUUGUUGGUCCUCCGACUUCCGCUGUCCCACAUAACGUCUAACUUCAGUCGCCACACAGGCCGUGCGUUGGACUGACAGAGUGCUUCUAGGGUGCGUUCACCGAAUGCACUCAGUCUUCGCCCGUCUCCAGCUAUCAUUACCCACAGUUUAAAUUAAUACAAAGGCAUUAUUCGCAUAGUUGCCUUGUCAACUCGAACGCUGGUGUGGUUGUUGGUUUAAAUUCCUUCCCGCACACUUUCUUCGUAGCUGGCGACAGCCGGAUCAGUUGUGUAAAUCCAGAUCUGAUCACCAUCCUCGAGUUUUCCACUCAGAAGGUGAAUAACCUAAACGGGACCGAGCUCAUCGAAUCUGUGAUCUCCGUAGGGUUGAUCGUUAGCCAAACAGACUUGCAAAACUCUUUUUACAUUGAUGAUGAUCCUCUGUAAUUCACUGCACUUCGGGAUUUUCCACAGGCAACCGAGAUAAUCGAGUCUGGAGCCGAAGUUCAAUUCGCCGCUUUCAGGACCUCGAAGUGCUAUAUCGGACAUUAAGUCAACGAUUUGCUUGAAAAGAAUCGGCCAACGGAUUCUCUCACAUCGUGUAGAACAGCACUUAAAUGUAGGAUACCAAUUCUCGCACACUGUGCCGGCACGAACGAGUGGAGUUGAAGAGUAGAGUUUGUCGUGGACAACCAACGCACGCAUUCCUAGCUACUCCUGUCACCAUCGACAGACGCUCUCACAUCCGAAUGUGCACUGGUCAAAGUACUUUAGUUCAUCGUCAGCCUCACAAUCGACACAUUCACUUCGUUCUGUGUCUGGGGGGAGCUGUAGUGGACAGCCAUAAUGGUAACGUCGCGCCUCUCGCUGGCGCCUGCACCUACGCCCUAGCGACAGCCUGCUAUUACACGCACGUCUGCCCGACUUCGAUUUGUCUCGUUGCAAAUCACUGUCUGCACCACGCGCCUGGUCGAUUCUCUGCCUGCACCACGCGAGGCUUGUCACUACCCUCGGCUGGGCUCGGAGCCAAUCAACGCACCUACCAUCGCUGAUCGGUAAGACAGGCGGGCACAGCCAGACCACUAGCGCAAUCAAUCUGUCACGACACUUUUAGCGGCGACCUUCGGCGACACAGGGCUCGUCGCUCUCGUGGACGCCGCCUCCGCGGCGCCGGACGCAUCCUCGUCCGAUUGCCAACUUUCUCCUUCGCUAUUAUGUACAGAAUAAAGUGUCCUAACCAAAUGGCGUCCUGCUUCUAACAACUUGGGAUAUGGCCAGAAGUUGUGGCGUACUGAGCGUACACCACCACCGCUUAGCCGCUAUAAGUUAAAAUGUAUUAAGAACAGCUUCAAAAAAAAGUCAUGGCUAUAAAAAUUUGACAGAAGUCACGUUCACCGAUCAGGACAUGCUCCCCCGUUGUGCUUUGAGACCCAAUCUAGAGCCCUCAUGGGCAAAGACAGAGGAGACUCGGAUAGUCCGUUUCUGGCCGUCGUCAGGAUUGGAUAACAAGGGAGGAUUCGAGACCGGAUUCGUUGAUCAUAGUGUUAGGUAGUCCAACGCUCUACCAUUGAGCCGCGGACUCAUUGUCUUGUCCGUUGCGAUUCAUAAGACGGGAACUUUCACUGCAACUCAUUACUCGAUCCGAGCUCGGCAGCAGUUGCCCCUCCGCUGGAUUUUCUCUACCGAUUAAAAAAUAUAGUAAUAAUAGUACAACUAAUAAUAUUUAAUGUGGUUUAUGCAGCCCAGUUGUCCGUCACACUGCUGACUGUGGACGCCCCGCGAGUGCCUACCUUCGAGCCAGCUACAAUGGCUUCAAUCCGCACCUCUCAGCCCUGAUCGAGACCGACCUCCCCUCGCCCAGCCGUCCUCCUCCGAAACAGGAAACGAUGGAUGACCGCACAAUGUCCGGCAAACAGAAGCAACGCAAGUUGAUUGCCUCCUACAAACGGCACUCCCAAGGUACGUCUGUGCCUUUCAGUACUUCCGUCGGUCCCUGGUGGUAGAUGCAGCGCAAGUCUACUAUCACUUUAAAUUAAUUCACGCGCAAGUCACCGUCCCUGCUCAGCCCUGCUGUGGAGCAUACGGUGGACAUCGUCGAACUCGACGGCCGAAAUGAAUCAGUCUAGCUGUGAAAACCCGGUUGAGCCAUAGCUCUCCGGCCGCCUGUUACAGGAUUGUUCCGAACGGCAGAUGAAGCUGUGUUUGCUUGGGGGCAGCACUAUGUCAUACUAGCCCUAUGGCUUGUGGUCUUUUCACUGAUGACCGCCUUACCAGAUCGCUUCUCUGUUCGCGUUCGUUUUUCCGUCAGAUCCUAGACCCCCUGUUAUUUCGUGACUGACCCACACCGAAGGCCGAUCUACUGUCUGUCAGUGUGGGCUGAUCCCUAUGUCAGGCGCCGUUUUACGCGCUCCUCUCAAUCCCUGUUCACGGCCCCGUAGUGGUUUGUUGAGUAGUGCUGCCUUCUCUUCACAGUAGCAGUCUUUUGGAAUGCAUGGAAAUCGCUUCGCCAUGCUCCCAACACACGCACUAGCUGCAGUCCUAUUUCGUCGAUUUUCUACCGUCACUGUCUGAUGCUGGUGAGGUUCGGCCCAGUAGUUGAUCCUUCCAGUUCCCCCCCUCCCCCCCCCCCCUUUAGAACUCUUCACACUUUUGCGAAGAAGGAGACACGAUCGCUGAAACAAGAGCUUUAUUAUCCUGACGUUCCGGAUUCUCAAUCGAAUCCAUUAUCAAUGACAGUCAGAUAGGGGUAGUGGACUGCCCAGGUGUUGCAGUAUUUAUAAGAUUUAGUUGCUAGGCAGCUACAUGCUUAUCACAGUUGGCAGCUCCCGAGUGCAUCAAGGCUCGACUGGCCAUGUGUUAAAGUAUGCAGAUGCCGCGCCGUUACUAUGCGCUUGUGUGCCGGUCAAGAUUAUCGAGUCCCACGCUCAUCGCACGCAGUCGAGUUGCUGACGGCCGGAUUUCGUCAUUUGGCAGUUUGACUCGCCGUUAUUGACACCAGGAACAGUGAUCAUUCGCAUACUAUCCUUGCGGCUACCUAUUUUGCGUAGACAAAGUCUCAGCGCGGAAUAUGGUGAGGGAAGGUCGUUGCGCUUGUUGAUUGAUUAAGGACCGGAAAACCAUGACUCGAGCAGUUGGCGGCUCACGCGGUUGCCAUCUCUAGCAAGAAUUUUUGCCUCGUCUAACCCGAAUGUGUUGUUGGGUCCCGUCGAGUGAGCCGCGACUUGGGAACUGGCGUUUUUCCUCCUCACUGCUGCUGCGUGCUCGGCCAUCCGCAUGCGCAGUAAUCUUUUGGUUUCUCCGACUUUAUGGUGUAUCAGACUGAUAGCAUUGCGGUAUGUGCGGACGGCGCGGCCCUCGAUCGGGGCCCCGUAGUUCUGGUGAACGUUGGAUGUCCUCAAGUUUUGCCCUACUUUCGUGGGUUCGAAUCCAAUCGAGACUGUAGAAUUUUUCAUAACUAGCACAAAAUAUGGCUUACCUCUUCAAAUUUUCUAUUCGAAGCAAACGGUAUUUUCCACCUUUAUUCGCAAAUAAUUUUGAACUCUACCUACUCAUGUUUAUGGUUUCGAAACCACAGCCUGUGAAUCUCCGUUUAUGCAAGAUAUUACACGCACCUAUGCUGCUCGGAAGAUGCCGUUUAGCACUCGUAAAAUGUGGCAGCUUUAUUAAACGAGCAGAUACGGUGCCACAUGAGCAAAUAUUUCAUGGUCUUGAAAAAAAACCUUCCAAUUGAAGACUUCAAAUCGAAGGAUACUUUUUCUUUGAGUAGAAAAUUUGUAGAAGACUUCAUUCAGCACAUACUUUUGUUUGGAUUCAUGAAGGCGCUGAAAGUCGUUGCGAACACUCAUGCUUCUUACGUAGCUAUUUUAGCGAGCGUGACUUUUGCGGUUAACCAGAAAGACGCAUAUUCUAAGUCCAAUAUGCUGACGCGAAUGAAAUAUCCUGUAAUUGCGCUGCAUGGUAACCAGCAUUACAAUUCCACCUAAGUAAUCCUUUGUCAUUGAAAUAGCAUUUUCGAAUCUUAGUUAAUGAUUUAUGGAUUACAUCAACUGCGGUAUUUACUAAUUAAAGCAGUCAAAUACAAGCGGACUGAUUCAUUUACCUCAACUUGGGCCGUAACGAUUUACAGCAGCACUUCUUUCCUCUCCUCAUUUCUCUUUUUUUCUCAUUUUCCCCCCUAGGCGAUGCCCUUCAUUCCCCGAAGCCAACAAAGCGAAAAAGAUCUCUCUGA